UUAAUCAAAUAUUUUAAACAUUCUUGCCAAAAUUGUUUCCUAUUUCUAAACUCCAAGCAAACAGUUUGCCACACAGAGUGGAAGCUAUGGCACUAAUCAGAGUGCUAGCAAGCCUUCUGAUACUACAGCUUUCUUACACAGUAACUCCUCUUGAUCGGAUCAUUGGAGGUUUUGAAUGUAACCAAAAUGAACAUCCUUUCCUUGUAUACUUGUAUAACUCUGCAGGGUUUUUCUGCUCAGGGACCUUGCUCAACCACGAAUGGGUGCUGACCGCUGCACACUGCAACAGGGAAGAUAUCCAGAUAAAGCUUGGUGUGCAUAAUGUACAUGUACACUAUGAGGAUGAGCAGAUAAGAGUCCCGAAGGAGAAGUUGUGUUGUCUCAGUACCAAUAACUGUACCCAAUGGGGCCAAGAUAUCAUGUUGAUCAGGCUGAACAGUUCUGUUAACUAUAGUGAACACAUCGCACCUCUUAGCUUGCCUUCCAACCCUCCCAGUAUGGGCUCAGUUUGCCGUGUUAUGGGCUGGGGCACAAUCACAUCUCCUGUAGUGACUUAUCCCGAAGUCCCUCAUUGUGUUGACAUUAACAUACUCCAUAUUCCGGUGUGUCAAGCAGCUUACCCAGCAAUGUCAGGGAAGAACAUAUUGUGUGCAGGUGUCCUGGAAGGAGGCAAAGAUUCAUGUAAGGGCGAUUCUGGGGGACCCCUCAUCUGUAAUGGACAAAUCCAGGGCAUUGUAUCUUGGGGGCGCUUUCCUUGUGCCCAACUCCUUGAACCUGGCGUCUACACCAAGGUCUUCGAUUAUAAUGACUGGAUUGAGGGUAUUAUUGCAGGAAAUUCAAACGUCAUCUGCCCCUAGUGACGAUUUUUGAAAAAGAUAAAAAGGAGAAAAUGCAAUGUAUAGUACAUCUCUUCUGUAUUCUCCAAUCUUAUCCAACUACUUUGGAAUAAAUUCCCAGGCAGUAAGUAUUUUUUAGACUCAAUGAGACUGCCUUUGGGGUAAGAAAUAGUCAAAAUAGUGCUGCGGGGAUCAUGUCCCAGUUCAAUCUCAAUAUACAAUAAACUCAGUUAAGAUGGAGGUCUGUUUUAAGGUGAGGUGCAAAAUGUUGACUCUAAAAUGGGCCAUUCCAAAUAUUUUAACCUCUGAAUAUCCUUCAAUUUUUAUCCACUUCUGGGACAGUGGGGUCCCUUGCUGCUAAUUUUUUUGCAGACAUUUUAUUACCCAGCUAGGUAAUAUAAUCAGUGCUAAAAUAUUCUCUUCUAUUGGUACUUAUGUGACAUUUAUAAUAUGCUCAUAUGGAGUCAUGAACUUAACCAUAUAUACCUGAGUCCCAUUGUUGCCUAAAAAGCAUCCCAGAUUAACCCCCCCACUUUUCAACCACAAAUCUUUUCCACAGUAAUAAAAUCUUGUAAAUCAUC